CGCACGAAAACACGCAAUCCCUUUCUUUUCCCUGAAGUAGUGUUAGUGAUAUUUAAAGUACACACCCCUCACAGAUCCCGUCACUUUCGUUUUCAUUUCCCGGAAGGAUUCUUAAUAUUGCAGGCAAUCGACAAAAUAAAAUAAGACAAACUCUGCUGUGCGAGACUAAAACUUUACGCGUCUGUAAAGUUUUUUUACACUCUGUAUGUAUAGAUCAGUUAUUGAUCAGCGAAUAUUUUGAUGUGUUUGUGUUGUCUGGUUAAAGAACAUGAGUGACGUCUCCACACCGACACCUUUAAUAAAGAGUUGUAAUGGGAACAGACCUCCAGUCUGUUCUUCAGUUCAGUCAAACCCUCAAAAUGAUCUUCCCUCCAUGUAUGAAGUUGUGCCGGAUGAACUGUGCAAACUACCUGGAAGACUACGGAUAAAUCCUUCUCUGUGGGAUAAGGAGGAUGUGAAUCUCUGGCUGCGAUGGGCUCAGAGGGAAUAUUCUCUGCGACGUGCAGACCACCAGCGAUUUGAGAUGAAUGGAAAAGCACUCUGUCUCCUCACCAAAGAGGACUUCCGUCUCCGCUGUCCCAGUUCUGGUGAUGUACUAUAUGAACUCCUUCAACAUGUGAAGCAACAUAGGAGAUGUGCUAUCUUCAGUCCACUCUCCAGCUCCAACACACAGUCACAACAGAUGCUCGCCUCGCAUGGAAUGGCAGGUCCUUGCAUUCCCACUGACAGAGCUGUUCCUGUUUGUCCUGUGAAUCCAAAUUCACGAGUGUCAACAGCUGGCUGCAGAAGCGAUGAGUGCCAGGAGGGGAAACCUAUAUGUGUUGACUCUGAGCAUCUACAGGACAAUCAAACAGGGCUUUCUCAUCAUUCUCCUGAGGAAAAUAUGCAGCAGGUGUCUCCAGGCAAAAAGCCUGGAGAACUUUACUGUACAGAUGAGCCCCUCAACCUGUCAAAUAAACAUGAGAGUGCUGGAAACACAAUGCACACCUCUGAAGCCAAUGGAAAGAUUGCAGACUGCAAACUCUUAUGGGAUUAUGUGUACCACCUGCUGUCAGACAGCAGGUACGAGGCCUACAUACGCUGGGAGGACACGGAGGCCAUGAUCUUCAGAGUGGUGGAUCCCAAUGGACUGGCACGACUCUGGGGCAACCACAAGAACAGAGUCAAUAUGACAUAUGAGAAAAUGUCUAGAGCGCUGCGUCACUACUACAAACUCAACAUAAUUAAGAAGGAGACAGGGCAGAGGCUACUUUUCCGGUUCCUGAAGACUCCCGAGGAAAUAAUGCAAGGCAGGUCAGACCGCAUAGAACCUUCAGAGUCUCCUGACAGUCCUGCGUCGCCCGACUACAGAGAAGACUCUCUGGAAGUAUCACCUGAAUCGAUUCCUGCCACCCCGAGCCCCAGCUCUGAUCACAACUUCAGCAUAUCACCGCUCCCAUGACACUCUAAAAAAAUGUUUUGUCAAAUAAGUAGAAAAAGAUCAAGUAGAAACAGAUACUUGAGGUAACAACUGCAGGUUACCACUUUUUACACUUUGUUUCUAUGUAAAAAAAAAAAAAAAAAAUUAACCUGUGCUUUUGGAAUGGGAAACCCAAGAGCUGAUGUUCUUUCAAUAUCUAUAGCACCACUGAUUGGUGAUAUGCAUUAUGAAACCAUAGGACUCUGUAAGACUUUAUGAACUUCUCAGUUUUAAAGCCCCGCCUUUGUGUUUUGAUUCAGGGUAGUAGUUUUCAGUAGUUAUCAGGCACUAAUGACACUAAUUCCCCAACGCAUUGAUUCUGUCAUGUAUUCAUUGUUUUUGUAAUUUUCUUUCUCAGGUUUUGAAAAUGUGCAGUGUUGUAGAUUUGUGAAUUGAAGCAUUAUAUUGUUUUUGUGUUUGAUUGAUUUAAUAAACAGUAGUCAAAUUGAAUUAAUAAUCUGCACUGAAACCUGUCAAUUCAAUAAUGAACUGUAUAAAGGUAAUAGACAAAUGGAUGACUGGAUGUUAACGGACAUUAACUUUUUUCCUCUAACAUCACGAUUUGAGGUUAAAAUGAAUAUGAAUGUAUAAGGGAACAUUUAUAUUGUGAGUAUAGUAACUAUAGUCACCAUCUUUAAAAGUUUUUGUCAGCAUUCUUAUAUUGGUAUAAAAAUACCAAUAUUCCAUUAGUGGUCAUAAAAACUGCAUAGGCCCUAAAUAAGAAUUAUUAAAAAAUAAUUAGAAAAUGCUAUUUAAAAUAGUUCUAAAUGAAGUAAUUUAAGUCAUAGCAUGUAACACUGUAGGACACUGCUGUCACUGCCUAGUGCCUAACAUGUCAUCUCAAUUACCCAUAAUCUGAUGAUGAUGAUGAUAUACUGCCUUAGUCCUGCCAAAUAAUAAAUUCAAUAAAAUGGUAAUCGUUUCUU